AAAAGAAAUACUAUAACACAACAAUCAAAUCAAUAAUUUUCCUUAAUUGGCAUGAUGAUCAUCAAGUUUCUCCUGUUAACUCUUCUAGUGAUCAUCUCUCCGAUUUGGGCCGAGAACGAUCUGAUGAUAAAUGAAUGCCACAAUGCACAAGCUCCGACCACAUGCAUGGGAUGUCUUGAAUCCGACCCAACCUCCGUUCAUGCUGACCCUGUUGGUAUCGCCGGAGUCGUCAUACACUGUCUCGACUCUCGCCUUAAUAUCAUCAUCAACAACCUAACGGAUGUAUCGUCAAAGGAAGAGAAAGCUGAAGUUAAGAAAGUUUUGGAGGCUUGCAAACAUGACUUGUCGAUGGAGGUACCUAAAAAACUGUCGGAAGCCAAAACGGAUCUGAGAAGCGGUGAUUACGACAAAGCCGCUAGAUCGAUAAUGCUUGCACUUGGCUACCCUUGGAGCUGUCGGUCCAAUCUCGAAAGUGUCAAGUUUGAUGAGUCUUUGUUUGAGGAGGCUUUGGAGCUAUUUAGCCAAAUCAAUAUAUAUGCCCAACUCUCUGAUGCUGCUAUGAGGAUCAUUGAUCGCUUCUAAUAACCUCCUAUCUCUUUCUUUUUCUCUAUGUACGAAACUCAACAUUGACGCUUGCUUACCCCAAUGAAAAUGAAAUGAUUCCCUCUUUUUAUUAUACGACAUCAUGUGUUCUUA